AUGAAAUGGAUAUUGGAGCUAUAAAAGUCCUCUUUGGAUUUAAGAGUUGAAAUAUAAUGUAUUAUAAAUUUAAGAUGGCAUUUUCUUUAUGUGCAUAGAUGAUUUAAAACAAUUUGAAAAUGCAUAUAUAUAAAAGUCACUUAUAUUAAAUUUUUAAUUUAAAGAUAUUUAUAUAAUCAAAGAUAUUAAAUAAUUGCAUAUAGAUUUCGCUCUAGGAUUUUGUAAUCAUUAUUUAAAAUUUGGCUAAAUGACAAUUUAAUACCAAAAAAGAAAUCAGCACAUAUAUUAGUAGACAUUAAAAAAGAUGGAGAAUUAAAUUUUUCUGCCAAAAUAUAAUAAAAUAUAUAAAUUUUCUUUACUAUUAAAAUCAUAAAGAAUGUUAAAAUAAUCAUCAAAAGAUUUAAAAUAUUGA